UACACAUUGACCCAUUGAGCUUAUUCCUCUAAGGUUUAUCCUAACUGGAAUGUUAACUGUGAAACAGAGAUCAGUCUGAAACAGAUACAAAACGGGUAUUUUUGGAGAAGAAAUUAGCUUGUAUAUAAAAAACGAUCAAAUUUCGUACAAAGCACGAAAAGUCCCUUAUGGAAAUGGAAUUUGUUGCAAAACACGGUGAAAGACGUGUUCUUACUCAUAACUUACUCGUAUGAAAUCAGAACUACUUGUCUUGUAUUUCUCUGACAAUGAGAUCGCUGUUGCAGUUACUUCCUAUACAAGAGUUCACACUCCAUUUAUAUAGGAUAGCAGGUUCAGAAACAAAAAUAUGUGAUUGAUAGAUCAUAUGUACAUUCGAAGAUGGAAGAUGCUGUACCUGAACAACGGAAUGAGUUCAACGAUAAGAGGCCACAAUUUGGUAACAGAGUUCUCUCUGACAAUGACAACAUAUUUCAACACAAUGCAUGGGACAAUGUUAAAUGGGACGAAGCGCAACAAAAUUUGGCUCAGCAGAAGGUGAAUGAAAACUCAACAAUAAUUUUGUCAGAAGAGAAAAUUGAAGAAUAUGAAUCUAAAGCUGACAAGUUUUGGGACAAGUUUUAUGGGAUUCACGAAAACAAAUUUUUUAAGGACAGACAUUGGUUAUUUACAGAAUUUCCAGAACUAGCUCCUGCUACUGUGAAACAAAACGUUGAACAACCUCUGAGAUUUGUAAGUGAAAAUCCAAACAACGAUGAACAAAAGUCUCAUAUAAAAAUUGUUGAUAUACCCAGCAACGGUGGUAGCAAAAUCCUGGAAAUUGGCUGUGGUGUAGGGAACACAAUAUUUCCGAUACUUUUGUAUAACACAGAUCCAAACCUGUUUAUAUAUUGCUGUGAUUUUUCUAUAAAGGCGAUAGAUAUAUUGAAACAGAAUCCUGCUUAUGAUACAUCUAGGUGCAAAGCAUUUGUACUUGAUGCAACCAAAGAAAACUGGGAAACACCUUUCAAAUUGGAGAGUUUGGAUAUUGUUGUGUUAAUAUUUGUGCUUUCAGCUGUGCACCCAAAUAGAAUGAAGCAUGUUAUACAGCAAGUUCACAAAUAUUUGAAACCAGGUGGUUUAGUUUUAUUUCGCGAUUAUGGAAGAUACGAUUUAGCCCAGUUACGAUUUAAAAAGGGCAGCUGUAUUGCAGAAAAUUUUUAUGCUCGUGGAGAUGGAACCAGAGUAUAUUUUUUCACACAAGAGGAAGUUAGGACAUUAUUUACAAUCUGUGGCUUCACGGAAGAACAAAAUCUGGUGGAUAGAAGAUUGCAAGUUAAUAGAGGGAAGCAACUUAAAAUGUACAGAGUGUGGAUCCAAGGCAAAUAUAAGAAAUGAAUAAAUGAAUUGCCCCAAAAUAAUUGUUCAUUUCUAUUACUGCA